AUGUGUAACCCUUUAUUACACAUCUGGAAGGAAAUGAUCUCAGUGUCAAAGACGUGAUCAAUCAAGAACCAGAUGAUGAUCUGCUAUUUAAUGACCAUGCUCAUCAUUAUUCUCCUCAUCAUCUUUUUCCAAAUCUUCAAUCUCAAUCUCUUAGAAGUCUCAACCACUAACAGGAUGGAGGAAGCUUUGGACAAGCAGGCUAGAGAAAAUAUGCUGAGCUUGAUCAGAGAAAGCGGGGCUUAUAUUUUUUCUAAAUUCCAAGAAGUCUUUAUCAUGUUCGAUGUUGUUGGCCAAAUGCUCAUCAGCAUGUAUAAUGAAAAUACCUUUGCACUGGAGUAUUUAACACCUAUGAGAUUUUCCAGCAUCCCAGCUUCAGAGUUAUCAAGCAAUGUGUCGUUUUAUGAAGGGCAGAAUAUCAGUUAUUCGUAUAGCUGCUUUUAUAAUUUCAGCUCAACUUAUGAUGGAACUUUGCUUAAAAAGGUGUCAAGAUUUGAUAAUAUCUGGAAAAUGCUACUGGAUUUGACGACUGGGACAGCCAUCAGAUUUUAUAUUUUAUUCGAAGAGGGAAAUUUUAUGGUCAUUUAUCCAGCCUCAAAUCUGCCGAAAGGCUAUAAUCCGUAUACGCAAAUAUGGUAUACAACUUUUAUUGAGAACCAAAAUUCAACGACCUUGGCGACUACUUCUUAUAAAGAUAUCAUAGGUGAUGGCAAAGGAAUUAUCUCGCUAGUUGCGCCUUUAAAUAAUGCAUAUGGACAGAGAAUUGGCUUAAUUGUUGCAGACUUGCCAAUUGUGUUUAUAAAUCAAGAAAUAUCGAAGAUUUCUUAUUUAAAUAGUGGACAAACAGGACUGAUUUAUAAAAAUGGUGACAUUCUGCAGUCCCCCAACACAGGGUGGUGGAGCAAUAAGUACAAAAACAUUGACCAGAUCCCAGACAAAGUUUUCUGAAAACAAGUUUCGUCUACCUCGCCGCCUAUUGGAAUCUACUAUUUAAUAGACGAUAAUGUGAUUUAUAGGGUCGCUACUUAUCCAGUGAUGGACUCUGCAAUAGACUCAACUAACUGGUACUUUUUAUUAAUGCUUUUUGUGAGCGAAGAAGAAAUCAUGGAAGACAAAAACGACAGCCAAACUAAAAUUGAGGACUUUGGGGUCAUUUUGCUGAUUUCUACAAUCCUCUGCUCUAUAGCUACUAUGUCAGUUGUCACAGUUUGCAUUUAUUUCUUGGCAAGGCUCAUUUUGAAGCCAAUUAAUGGUGUUAUUGAUUUCACGAAUAAAAUUAACGCGACGAUUGACAGUGAAAAAGACCCAGUCACACUUGAAGAGCUGAACAGCUUGUAUGAAGGCGAGGACCAAGUUGCCCACCUCGUCAAGGCUUUUAAGUCAUUUGCUAGCAAUCUAAUAAACCGAACCGAUGAUAGGAUGCCUAAGCCUUUGUUAAUAUCUCAGAAGCGAAUUUUUCCUCCAAAUGAGUUUUAUUUGAAUAAGCGACUGAAUUUGAGAGGAAUGAUUAAUCAAAUAAGAGAGUAA